CCAAAGUGCUGGGAUUAGGGGUGUAGCCACUGCGCCUGGCCAAUUCAGUGAUUUUUUUUUUUUUAGUAAACUUAUUGAGUAGUGCAACUGUCACCACAAUCCAGUUAUAGAACAUUUCCAUCGUUGGUGAAGUCAGCUUUAGAUGCAAAAGGCAGGAGAAUGAUUUUUGUUUUUAAUGGAAUUAGUUCUGUGCUCCCAGCAGGAAGAGCUAGUUAAUUAAUUAAUUAAUUCAAUUAGUAUUUACUGAGAGCCUGCGGGACCCACAGCAGGGCGAGGUGCAGAAGGGAAUCAAGAAAUAAAACAACUGGCGGUGGCUGCUUCGCCGUGGCUGACCAACUCCCCACUGAAGGGACAUCAUUACAUGUCACCUAACUUGCCUGCUCAGAGGGGGUUCAUGGCAACCACAGGGCAGGUUCCCACUUUCUACCCUGUGGCUCUGAUUUGAAGGCAAGGCAAAGGCCUUGCUUUUGAGAUACCUGGCAAUGCAGUGAAUUAUUGAUGGAGCCGACAGAGAGAAGUGUACUCGCCAACAUCUGCAAAUAGCUUCAGGCUUUGGCAGGCCUGGAUGCAGAAUCUUGGAAGAGAGGAGAGUGGGUGUGCUGUUUACAGUGCAAAGAUUUGACAGGUGGAAUUGGGGCAAGGGUGUGCUGAGGGAGGAAAGGGUGCAGGCAAAGUCAGGGCCGUUGGCCAGGGUGAAUCCAGGGAAGUGGUGCUGUGUGCACGGUGGUACUUAAACUCCAAGAACUUAUGGCACACAUGCUUGAGUGGACCAUGGGUGAGCAGGAGAACCUGAAGUAGCAAAGGCAAGAAGGCAACGGCGUUCCAUCUGUGGAAGGACCUACCAACCAGGCUUGUUUUCCUGCUUGGAACAAAGUGGCUUCCCUGAACACAUCUUCAUUAUGAUUCACACCAACUUGAAGAAAAAGUUCAGCUGCUGUGUCCUGGUCUUUCUUCUGUUUGCUAUCAUCUGUGUGUGGAAGGAAAAGAAGAAAGGGAGUUACUAUGAUUCCCUUAAAUUGCAAACCAAGGAAAUCCAGGUGCUGAAGAGUCUGGGGAAAUUGGCCAUGAGGUCUGAUUCCCAGUCUGUAUCCUCAAGCAGCACCCAGGACCCCCACAGGGGCAGUCAGACCCUUGGCAGUUUCAGAGGCCCAGCCAAGGCCAAACCAGAGGCCUCCUUCCAGGUGUGGAACAAGGACAGCUCUUCCAAAAACCUUAUCCCUAGGCUGCAAAAGAUCUGGAGGAAUUACCUAAACAUGAACAAGUACAGAGUGUCCUACAAGGGGCCAGGACCUGGCAUCAAGUUCAGUGCAGAGGCCCUGCUCUGCCACCUCCGGGACCACGUGAACGUAUCCAUGGUAGAGGCCACAGAUUUUCCCUUCAAUACCUCUGAAUGGGAGGGUUACCUGCCCAAGGAGAGCAUUAGGACCAAGGCUGGGCCUUGGGGCAGGUGUGCUGUUGUCUCAUCAGCAGGAUCUCUGAAGUCCUCCCAACUAGGCAGAGAAAUAGAUGAUCAUGAUGCAGUCCUGAGGUUUAAUGGGGCACCCACAGCCAACUUCCAACAAGAUGUGGGCACAAAAACUACCAUUCGUCUGAUGAACUCACAGUUGGUCACCACAGAGCGGCGCUUCCUCACAGACAGUUUGUACAAUGAAGGAAUCCUAAUUGUAUGGGACCCAUCUGUGUACCAUUCAGAUAUCCCGAAGUGGUACCAGAAUCCAGAUUAUAAUUUCUUCAAUAACUACAAGAGUUAUCGUAAGCUGCACCCCAAUCAGCCCUUUUACAUCCUCAAACCCCAGAUGCCUUGGGAGCUAUGGGACAUUCUUCAGGAAAUCUCCCCAGAAGAGAUUCAGCCGAAUCCCCCAUCCUCUGGGAUGCUCGGUAUCAUCAUUACGAUGACACUGUGUGACCAGGUGGAUAUUUAUGAGUUCCUUCCAUCAAAGCGCAGGACCGACGUGUGCUACUACCACCAGAAGUUCUUCGAUAGUGCCUGCACGAUGGGCGCCUAUCACCCGCUGCUCUAUGAGAAGAAUUUGGUGAAGCAUCUCAACAAGGGCACAGAUGAGGACAUCUACCUGUUUGGAAAGGCCACACUGCCUGGCUUCCGGACCAUUCAUUGCUAAGCAUAGGCUCCUCACUCUUCUCCAUCAGGCACUGAAUGGAUGGUCUUUGGCCACCCCAGCCUGGGAAGACCAUUUUCCUGAACAAUUCCAGUCUGCUUCUUUUACUCUAGGGGACUCUGUCAGCAACAGCACUAGGGCUUCAGGAGCCUGUGGUCAAAAAAUCAGGUCCAGCCUUCCCUGUGGCCAGUUUAUGAGCCCAGAGCCUCCUCCCACACACAUGCACAUAUCCCUAGCAUUCUUUCCAGACAGCAUCCUCCCCACCUUCCACCGUGGUAGAUGCAAAGUCUACCUCCCCCAUCAGGGAUGCCAAAGCUGGGCUUUGUUUUUCCCAACAGAAAGAUGCCAUUCUUACAGACCAAUGCUCUAUAUUGCUUGGAAUCUGCAUCUAAAUAUUGAUUUCACAUUUUAAAGAAAUUGUCCCAAAUUA